UUCAUCUGGGCCGAGGUCGGAUCUGCAGUGCAGCUCUCCCUCCUCCGUUUGGUUAGGCCUGGGCUCGGGCACAUAGGUAGUGCCCCUGCGAAGAUUCCCUCUGCGGCGGUCCCGGAGGGCUUGAUGCAGAGGGAAGGAGGAACACGGCGGAUCGGCACUGUGAUGUGUCCCUUCCGGCCGGCAGGCGGAUGACGUCAGACGCCGGGGGCGGAGCUAAGCGCGCUGACGUCAUCAACAUGCGCCACAGGUCCUGCAGCAUGAGAAGCAUGGAGACACUAUAAAAACGCUCAGGACCUGUGUAACGGCGCCCUGCAUAGCGCGGCUCACAUAUUUUGGUGAAGCAUCUCUGAAGCGGUCGGGAGUCAAGAUGAGCACCCCCCUCACGCCGGGCUCUGGAACCGAGCCUGCAUCAAACCCUGGGACAGGAGAAAAGGAUUCGGCUUCUGCAGCCAAAAAAACUAGAAAAUGUGGUAUUUGCUGCAAAAGAUUGUCUAACACUGGAUCCAAGCCCCUGUGUAAAGAAUGUACUGCCAGUGUCAUCAAGUCUGAGUCUUCUAGUCUAAUUGAAGACAUUAGAAAAGUGGUAAAAGAAGAGGUUCAGCUAGCCUUAACUACCAGAGAACCUACUCCUCCCAAAGUUCCCCCCACUCAGGACGCCCGUAGUGUUAAAUCACUUAUCCUGGAUUCCGACUCUGAGGGGCUGGCGGUCUCAGACUCCGAAUCUGUCCAAAAACACCCGGCAUCUUCAGAUGAAGAGGGCGAAUAUAAGCGCUUCCUGUUCAAUCCUGAAGAUAUUGAUGAACUUAUCAGGGCCAUCAGGGCCACCAUUCAGAUGGAGAUGCCUAAAACCCCUAGGUCUACCCAGCAAGAAAUUUUUGGGGGUCUAGGUGAAAGGAAGAAGGCCGUUUUUCCAGUCCCUGAUAGUGUCCAAAAAUUAAUUAGGUCUGAAUGGGAAAAACCGGAUAAAGGAUCCUUUAUCCCAAGAGGAAUUAAGAGGCGCUACCCCUUUAGCCAAGAGGACUGUACGGAUUGGGAGACCAUUCCCAAAGUAGACGCGCCAGUGGCCAAGGUAGCAAAACAUACGGCCCUACCGUUUGAAGACUCAGCACAAUUGAAAGAUCCUCUAGACAGGAAAGCGGAGAGUCUCUUGCGAAAGACCUGGGAGACUACGGCGGCCCUUCUCAAACCGGGCGUUGCCUCCACAUGUGUGGCCAGAACACUGAACCUUUGGCUAGACCAGCUAGAGAUACAUCUGGUCAAUAAGACACCACGGGAUCAAAUUCUAGAGAGCUUGCCUCUAUUAAAGAUGGCAACCUCCUUUCUAGCAGACGCGGCUGCUGAAUCAGUUAAACUGUCCGCCCGUACAGCUGUUCUCUCAAAUACAGCGAGAAGGGCACUAUGGCUUAAAGCGUGGUCAGGAGAUAUCACAUCUAAAAAUAAAUUAAUCGCACUCCCCUUCCACGGUCAGUACGUUUUCGGAGAAGAUCUAGAUAAAAUCCUAGACAACGCGACAAAUAAAAAAAGAGGGUUUCCAGAGGAAAGAUAUAAACAAAAAAGGCAGCCCUUUCGUGACCGAUUUUUUCAACCCGAAAAUAAAAAAGAUAAAGGGAAGACUGGGAGGUGGAGCUAUGCGAAGGGAGGCAGGGGGAGAAGCUUCCUCUUCAACCCAAAUCGGGCCGAAGCCUCCUCAUCCAACAACAAACAAUGACGCCAUACCAGUGGGGGGAAGACUCGGCUCCUUUCUAAGAUCUUGGGAGCAUGUAACAAACAGCCGGUGGAUCUUAAGUAUUAUACAAGAGGGUUAUCUGAUAGAUCUUCUCUCUUCCCCUCCACAGAAAUAUGUGAUCACUACCCUUCCCCCAUCUCAAACUGCGACCUUAAAAAACGACAUAAAAAACCUAUUAACCUUGGACGCCAUAGAGCCCGUCCCGAAAAAUCAGACAGGACUGGGAUUCUAUUCCCGCCUCUUCAUUAUAAAGAAACCAAACGGGAAAUCCAGGGUAAUUAUAAAUCUGAAACAUCUAAACAAAUACGUAAGAUAUCAAAAAUUCAAAAUGGAGACCCUGAAGUCAGCAGUGAAACUCUUAAAAAAGGAUGCAGUGAUGGCCACAAUAGAUUUAAGCGACGCCUAUUAUCACGUCCCAAUUCACAGGUCAUCAAGGGAAUUCCUAAGGUUCGCAAUAGAAUUGGAGGGAAACAUUCAGCAUUUCCAGUUCAGGUGUCUCCCCUUCGGGAUCUCUUCUGCCCCAAGGGUUUUUACCAAAAUAAUGGCGGAAGCCUUGACAACCUUGAGAGAAAAGGCAAUUUGUGUGAUCCCCUAUCUGGACGACCUACUGGUAGUGGCGGACAACAUAGAGACCAUGGGAAUCCAUCUCGGGUUAGUCCUGGAUCAUCUACAGAGCCUAGGUUGGCUCAUCAAUUGGAAAAAAUCGGAUUUAAUCCCAUCCAAACGGAAAGUUUUUCUGGGCAUUACUCUAGACACAGUCUCCCAAAGAUCCUUUCUACCACCUCAAAAGAUAGUAAAACUUCAGACAGCUUUGAGGAAGUUCAAG